UUUCAUUGACCUGUUGGACUUUCAUUCUGACGGAUGGUCUCUGUUCCGCCGCAGGUCUGGAUCACUUUACGACUCUCGCUGUUGGAACUAAAAACGCUUUUCUCUGGGUUUUUAGAGCGCUGCCGCUCAUACAGACUGCUGAGAGUCCACAGGAGCGCAGCCCGGGGGUUUUAAGUCGUAUUGGGAGCUGGUUCUCGUGGGGUUGGGGCAGCCCUGCAUUAGGUGGAGAUGUGCCCAACUCCGAGACACAGCCGAGCGAUCAAGAGGAGGCAUCUGAUGAGGACAACACAGAAACCAGCAGCACAUCUGAGAUAGACAGUUCUGCAGUAGCUGAUAUUAGAGAUCACAGCCCUGUCCUAGCAGAGGGAAGCCCCUCCCCAACCCAGAAUGCCAAAAAUCUGACAAUCGGCUCUGGAGGGGGGGACUGGGCAGGGGAGAGGCAGAGAGGUCGCACCUUUCAGAGGCAGAAGAUUCAGGUGUACCUGGAGGAGACAAGUGAAGACGAUUCUGAGCCUUUCAUUCGCAACACCAUAAAAAAGAGCAAACAAAGUCAAUCCCUUGAGAGUUAUAGAAGGAAAACAAGAGCACCUGCACAGCUGACCUCUGACCUCUCAGAUCAAGAAGAAUCGGACCAAAUGGGACGUAGAAGGUCUGGCAAACGGAGGAGGAGCUCUCAUGGAGAAGGGGGCGGACCUAAAACUAAGUCACCAACGAAGACUCAACCAGGUAGUCCUGCAACAACCAGUUUGGCAACAAGCCCUAAAACAGCAUGGGUUGACUCAUCUUUUGGGGAGGUGCCAAAAGCCGUUUCAGAAUGCUCCUCAGCACAACCGCCAAUCUCACCUGGAGCAGGUAGCUGUGAGGACAAUGUUCGAGCAGAAUGGGUAGAAGCAUACCUGAGCGAAGAUGCCGCUGACACGAUGAGUUCACCGGAUGGACCUGUCCAAGCCACGCUGGCCGACAUCAUCGAUUGCGAAAUGGACGAGGAGCCAGUCAUGAGACUAACAGAGACCCCUGAGUCCAAACGCAGAAGUCUCAAAGUGUCUCACAGUGAGAAGGUAUUUGCUAAGAAGGUCAUGGUCACCCCAGUGGUCCACACAGAAGAUCAACGUGAGAAGUUCAAAGCAGCUAGAGACACUACAGACCUCAAACUGAAGAGAACCGACGACGGGGCAAGACGUCCAGAGCAAAAUGUGGACAUCACCACUGUAAAGUCCAGUCAUCAUGUGGGCCGAAUCGCAGACAAAAUUAGUCUGUUUGAAAGCUGUGGAGUCCAGGCAGUUAAAAGAGGCUCCACAAACCUGCAACGUCUGGACAUUUCUCCAGCUAGGAAAGUGUCGAGGCAUCUCCGAGAGUUCACAGGACCUGCUGAAACGAGGUCCAGUUCUGCGCCUCCAAGCCAGACGGUUAAAGAACGGGCACUGAAUUUCAACACAGGCCAGAGGAGAGACGAAACGUUUGCACUGCCAUCUGGGAGGUGGGGGGUUUCUGGUCAAACAUUGAAGGAUGGACAUUCAAAAACUACUGGUCAAACAUCUCAAUAUUCUGAAAACAUUGGAAAACCUACAGCAAACACCAGGACCAGCUGGGAGAAACCAGAGGUUAAACUCAAAGCUCCUUCAAACACAGAUCAAACAGACUCCAAAUCCCAGAAUUCAACAUUGUCAGAGAGCAAAAGUGACUCAAAAAAUGGAAAUAAAGAGGCGGAGACAACAAACUGUUCUUUGCAAACUGUUUCAUCACCUACUGAUGAGACCUCACAGGUCAAAUCUCCGAGCCGGACAGGCUCAAGAUCUAAAAAACGGCGAAGCAAAGAUGUGGUUCAACCACUGAGCCCCACCAGCAAAAACAAAAAGGAAACAGUACAAGGUAAACAGGCACUGAAGGACGAAAAGAGCACCUUAGAGAUUACAAUUGACACAAAUCCUCUUAAAGACACAAAAAAUGCCUCAGAAACCACAGAUAAAUAUUUGAAAAGCACUUCUGAGAAAGCAGCAACCAAAAACAGUGAGGAGAUUGUAAAAAAUAAACCCAAAGUACCACAAAAGUUGGCAAAUGCAAUGGAAAUACUGCCAAGCACAAAGAAAACACAAGAUAGUGACUCACAGAGGUUACCGUCUCCACAGACGGUAACCUCUGCUUUUGGAACACAACCGUUAUGUUCUCCUACAUCCAGAAAGAAAAACUCUCAAACUGAGAGCAGCUCCAUUGUGGAGCAAAUAGGACCAGUAGAUUUAAAAUCAGAAACUGAGGAGAAACAGAACUUCAAUAAAAAGCAGCCUGUUACAGAGCACUCUGAAAGAGAGCAGGGAGAGGAGCAGAAGAACAGAGGCACGAUUGUAAACACAUUGUUUGGAGAGUUGGGGGAACCAGAUCCAUCUGUGACAAAAGAAGAGAAACCACCAUCCCCAGAGGACCUGAAAGAAGGCAGCUCUGAAGACCUUUCUGCGCCAGCCAAUAGCAUUCCUGCAGCCUCCUGGAAAGAUGCCAUGCAGAACAGAGAGAAUGAGACAGAUGAAAAGGUGUUACCUGAGAAAGAUACAGCUACGUGUGUGCCUCAAGGGAAAAGUAUCUCUGAAAAUGACUCAAAAUCAGACAAGGUGCAAACUCUAUCAAAAAGAGAUCAAAAAGACUGUUUGACCGCGAUAACUAAUAAAUCCAAGAAAAAUUAUAAUGUGACAGAAACAACCAAUCAAAACUUGGCAAUCAAAUCAACAGUGACACCCAAACACAGUAAUGUAGUCAAUACGACUAAGACAACCAAGCAAAAUAUAGAUGAAGAGAAUAAUUUGCUGCUUUCAACAAAGACAACGGAGAAAGACACUACUACUGAAUUGACCAGUCAGACUACAGAGAAAGAUAGAGCACUAACCACAACAAAUUCUGAAGAUCUCAAAAACCAAAACGAUCAAAUGGACUCUAAAAUUUCACCUCAAAUUCCACCCACAGAGGAAAGAGCUCACAAAAAGGGUGGGCCAUCCCCAUCGAGCCAAUCAGAGAGCAGAGAAGAACAAAAAACACAGACAGCAGCCAAUGAUAGAGGGUUAAAACAGGAACAGGAGGGAAUAAGGGCCAGUACUGAAACAGAAGGGGGAGACACAACUGAAACCCAGAGUGAAAUGACAUUGAAAGUAAAUGGAAAGAAAAGAAAAGAAAAGAAAGGGGACCAAUCUGGAGAGAAAAUAUUUUGCUCUAGCAAUGAAGAUACCUUUCCUGCAAUUCCGUCUAUUAAUGAGAAUCUGCUUUUCAGCUCAGCCAAGAAGAAGCCCACUUCAUUAUCCUCCACAGCCAAUGACAUCUUCACCGAGCAGCCUGGCCAGGCCAAUGAAAAGGCCAUCUCUAAACCAGCAUCAACAGAUGAAACGGCCUCCAAUUUACCUGCAUCAGUUGGUGAAAAGGCCGUACCCCUAACAAACUCAUUACAUGAAAAAAACACUUCUCCACCAGCCUUUAAUAAUGAAAAGACCACACCUCCACCCGCCUCAUGUAAUGAAAAGACCACACCCCCACCAGCCUCAUUAAAUGAAAAGACCACGCCUCCUCCCACCUCAUCGAAUGAAAAGACCACAACACCUCUCACCUCAUUAAAUGAAAAGACCAGGUCUCCUCCCGCCUCAUCUAAUGAAAAGACCACACCUCCACCAGCCUUUAAUAAUGAAAAUUCCACGCCCCCAUCAGCCUCAUCUAAUGAAAAGACCAUGCCCCCAUUAGCCUCCUCUAAAGAAAAGACCACACCUCCUCCUGCCUCAUGUAAUGAAAAGAGCACCCCCCCACCAGCCUCAUUAAAUGAAAAGACCACACCUCCUCCCGCCUCAUCGAAUGAAAAGACCACGACACCUCUCACCUCAUUAAAUGAAAAGACCACGCCUCCUCCCGCCCUAUCUGAUGAAAAGACCACACCUCCACCAGCCUUUAAUAAUGAAAAUCCCAUGCCCCCAUCAGCCUCAUCUAACAAAAAGGCCACACCUCCUCACGCCUCAUGUAAUAAAAAUACCACGCCCCCAUCAGCCUCAUCUAACAAAAAGGCCACACCUCCUCCCACCUUAUCUAAUGAAAAGACCACGACACCUCUCGCCUCAUCAAAUAAAAAGACUACACCCCCACCAACCUCAUUAAAUGAAAAGUCCACGCCUCCUCCCACCUCAUCUAAUGAAAAGACCAUGCCCCCAUUAGCCUCCUCUAAUGAAAAGACUACACCUCCUCCUGCCUCAUGUAAUGAAAAGACCACCCCCCCACCAGCCUCAUUAAAUGAAAAGACCGCACCUCCUCCCACUUCAUCUAAAGAAAAGUCCACGACACCUCUCACCUCAUUAAAUGAAAAGACCAGGCCUCCUCCCGCCCUAUCUGAUGAAAAGACCACACCUCCACCAGCCUUUAAUAAUGAAAAUCCCGCGCCCCCAUCAGCCUCAUCUAACAAAAAGACCACAACUCCUCCUGCCUCAUGUAAUAAAAAUACCACACCCCCACCAGCCUCAUUAAAAGAAAAGAACACUCCUCCUCCCACCUCAUCUAAUGAAAAGACCAUGCCCCCAUUAGCCUCCUCUAAUGAAAAGACCACACCUCCUCCUGCCUCAUGUAAUGAAAAGACCACCCCCCCACCAGCCUCAUUAAAUGAAAAGACCGCACCUCCUCCCACCUCAUCUAAAGAAAAGUCCACGACACCUCUCAUCUCAUUAAAUGAAAAGUCCACGCCUCCUCCCACCUCAUCUAAUGGAAAGACCACGCCCCCAUUAGCCUCCUCUAAUGAAAAGACCACACCUCCUCCUGCCUCACGUAAUGAAAAUACCACACCCCCACCAACCUCAUUAAAUGAAAAGUCCACGCCUCCUCCCACCUCAUCUAAUGAAAAGACCACACCCCCAUUAGCUUCCUCUAAUGAAAAGACCACACCUCCUCCUGCCUCAUGUAAUGAAAAGACCACGCCUCCUCCCAUCUCAUCUGAUGAAAAGACCAUAAAACUUCACACCUCAUUUAAUGAAAAGACCGCGCCUUCUCCCGCCUUAUAUAAAGAAAAGACCACGCCCCCAAUCAUCUCAACUAAUGAAAAGACAACACCUCCAUCAGCAUUAUCUAAUGAAAAGACGAUACCUUCUCCCACCUCAUCUAAUGGAAAGACCACGCCCCCAACAGCCUCACUAAAUGAAAAGACUACUCCCCCACUAGCCUCAUUAAAUGAAAAGAUCACACCCUCACCAACUCUAAAGAAUGAAAAAAACAUGCCUCAUCAAGUUCAAGUGAAUGAGGUCUCCCACACAUUAGCCUCAGCCAGUGAAAAAUCCCCAUCUCCCCUUAGUCCUAUUAAGCAUCAAUCUACAGAUCAAGCCACAAGAAAAAAGGAAUUUAUUCCAAAACCCUUCAUCCUUCCACAAAUCCCCUCAGCACCUGGCAGACCCUCCCUGAACAGAGACUCUCCAUCCAGCUGGCUGGAUGUUGACCACCAGCAACCCAAAAGGAAGAAUCAAUUUCAGACAAUUUCAGAACCAAAACUUAAGCUUAGCUCUUCUGUCAGUGAGACCAACCUCCUGGAUAAAUCUGGAGAAUUCGACCCGGAUGACUUUAUUGCAAAUGUGAAGAGGCUAGCGAUGCCAUUCAGUCUUCCCCAACGCAAACACAACCAACUUCGCCUGCAAGCCCCUCCGUUUGCCAUGCCUGCCAUUAGAGAAGUCCGCUGUGAGACACCUUUUGAUCCGGAGGAGUUCCAGUUCGGCUUGAGAAGGAGAAAGAGGGAGUUCACCUUAGACAUGGCGCCCACUUCAAUAUCCAAGAGUCAAAACAUAGAGGACAAGGAGGACGUAAGCAGCACACCCAAGCAGAUAAACCCUGAGCGGGAGAGCAUCCUUACCAGGUCCCUCCUCUUCCAGAGGGCAAAAAAGGAGCCAGAAGAGAAAGAUGAAGGACAAAAAAAGGAGGGAUCAGAGGAAAGGAAAACAGAACCAUUGGCGAGGUCUCGCUUGGAGCGAUGCUCCAUUCUCAACAGUCUACGCAACCCCAGCAGGGUAAGACGAAUGGAUCUUUUAAGUCCAACCGAACAUCCCUCAGAAGGGCUGUUAUCACCAAGUGAUGCUCCUGGGUCUUCAACGCCUCAGCAAACACACCCGAAGCCAACUGCAGAGUCACCAAAACAGGACAAAGUAAAGGAAGUCCCAGCUAAUAAUGAACAAACGGGUGCCAACUCUACCCAGACUGGUUCCCAGGUUGAUCUAAAACCUAUGAAUUAUGAAGGCCCUGCCAUUACACUUGACCUCAAUACAACUUCAGAAAACCCAACAGUCACCAUGUUAACAGACACUAAUGCUUCUCAUCCACCCAGUUUUACCCACACUGGUUCCCAGGUUAUUCCAAAACCAGCAAAAGAUGAUGGCCUUGUCGUAACACCUGACCGCAAAUCAAUUUCAGCAGACCCUACUGUCUCCAUCGUAACAGAAGCUAAUGGUCUUCUACCAUCCAACUGUACCAAAACAAGUUACCAGGUUGCUCCACAGCCUAUUAAAGAUGAUGGCCCUGCCAGGAUACUGGACCUAACUACAACUUUAGAAGACUCUAUGGUCACCAUGUUAACAGACACUAAUGCUUCUUCCCCAAACAGCUGUAACCAAACUAAUUCCCAGGUUGUUCUUAAACUUACCAAUAAUGAUGUCCCUGCCAUGACAUCUGAUCUCAAAACUUCAGUGAACCCUACCAUCACCAUGAUAACAGAAGCUGACGGUCCUCCACCACUUCCGUCCUUUGAUGACAUCAAGUUGCCAAGUUAUGUGGAGAAAUUUCUUCCAAAAGAGCCUGAAAGAGUUCCACCAUCACAUAAGAUUGACUCACUGGUGACUAGAGAAAGUGAUUAUAUACCUGAUCUGAAUCAGACUGUGAAAGAUAAUGCAGCUAUCACAGAAGAUCUGUCGAUUCUUCCUUCAUCUCAACCUUCAGAGGCUCAAACGUCUCAAGAUGACAUUCAGAGAGAACAGCCAAAUAUUCCAGCAGUCCGUGGAUUCCAUCGGCGUCCUGGAAAGAUCGUAAUAUUUGAGCAUCAUCAGUUCAGCGGUCAUUCCUUUGAGUUCUACAGAGAUGAACCUGAUGCCACACACCUGCAGCUGUCCAGUGUCAUAUCUGUUAAAGUGGUCAGAGGCUGCUGGAUACUGUUUGAGAAACCAGGAUUUGAGGGGCGUUGUAUUGCUCUGGAAGAGGAGGGCAUUACUGAGCUGCCUAAUGAAUGGGCAGAAGAGGCGGGACAAACUUCUACUCCAAUGAUCAUUGGCUCAAUUCGGCUGUCUGUCAGAGACUACACUCCUCCCCGGAUCGAGCUGUUUAUGGAGCCCUCGGGCAUGGGCAGAAACUUUCUGUAUGUUGAAGACACAGAAGAAGUGGGCUCAUUCGGUCUGCCACAGAACACCAGCUCCAUCAAAGUCCACAGUGGUCUGUGGAUGGUUUACAGUGAUCCAGGAUUUCAGGGUUUGUUAGCCGUGUUGGAGGUGGGAGAAUAUCCGAUUCCUGAGUCCUGGGGUUUCCCGUCGCCCAUGGUGGGCUCAAUGCGAGCGCUGCGCAUGGGUGUUCUGAAGGUAGAGAACCCUAAUGGAGUGAAGGCGGUGUUGUAUGAGAAGGCAGGUCUUAAGGGCCACUGUAUGGAGGUUCAGGGAGACGUGUUCUCUUUCAGAAGGAGAGAAACGGACCGCAGCGAUCUAGACGGUCAUGGAUUGAGAUGUGUGGAAUCACUGAAGAUCAUCGGUGGACUGUGGGUGGGAUACGAGCGUGAAGGUUUUGAAGGGCAGCAGUUUGUUCUGGAGGAAGGAGAAUAUUUAGACUGGAGAGACUGGGGCGGGAUGGGUCAGAAACUUCUGUCUCUACGGCCGGUUAUAACUGAUGUCUCUUCUCCUCACAUGAAGAUGUUUAAUGAUUUCGACUUUGGAGAACGGGGCGGAAACAUCGACCUGCUGGAGCCACUGGAAAACACAGCAGAGACAAGCUACGGUCCACACACAUGCUCGAUUGAUGUGCUAUCAGGAGUAUGGGUUGCGUUUGAAGACCCCGGGUUCUCUGGUCAGUUGUAUGUGUUGGAGAAAGGUCUGUACGGAAGCCCGGAGGACUGGGGCGCAUCAAACAGCCGAAUCUCUUCUGUGAUACCAGUGACUCAGGAAAAUCUGGGCGGCACGUGUCACUUCAAGAUUCAGUUGUUCUCUGAGGCUGAACUCAGUGGGAUGUCUGUGCUGCUGGACGACUCGUUACCCACAAUGCCUGACGGAUUUACCAUGCGCUCCUGUAGAGUUCUCGCUGGAAGCUGGCUGGCGUUUGCCGUUGAGUGUUUUUCCGGGCCGCAGUGUGUUCUAGAAGAGGGUAUAUAUCCUGACCUUAGGUCGAUGGGUUUCACUCAACACGACGCAUCAGUGAUGUCACUACAACCAACUGGACAUGAGUUCUCUCUGCCGUCUAUCGGUCUGUUUGAGCGUUCUGGACUGAGGGGACGCAGAACUUUACUGAAGUCCAGUUCAGUGAAUCUGCAGUUCACAGACAGCUGCACUAGAGUCUCAUCUAUACUGGUGGAGGGCGGCAUGUGGGUUCUGUACGAGUCGAAUAACUUCAGAGGUUCUCAGUUCCUGCUCAGGCCAGGCGUGGUUCCUGAUUGGUCCAAACUUUCCGACUGGCCACGAAUCGGAUCUCUCCGCCCACUCAUACAGAAACAAGCGCAUUUCCGUUUGCGAAACAAGGAGGUGGGGCUACUGAUGUCCAUCACAGGGCAACUUGGUGACAUCAAACUGAUGCGUAUCCAGGCAGCCGAGGAGACAGGUGGCAUGGAUCAGAUCUGGCUUUAUCGGGAUGGUCAAUUGCAGUGCAUGUGGCUGGCGGACUGCUGUGUGGAUGUGAGUUCUGGUGUUCCGAUGGCAGGCAGCAGAGCGGUUCUCUCAUCAGAACCUGGUCAAUCUCAACAGCUGUGGAACAUCACCACUGACGGACUCAUACGGAACAACGCCGCUCCUAACCUCGUACUGGAGAUCAAAGGAGGUCAACAGUUCGACAAAACCCAGAUUAUUCUCAAUGAAUUCAACCCAAACAAAAUGAAUCAAAGAUGGUCCCUGGAGAUUCUCUGAGUAAAUUCAGUGCAGCUCCGUCGUGGGACCUACUGCACCAGGGGGACCAGGGUCCUGUGAGGCAGCUGCGCGAGGGGACCAUGAACUGCAUUCAUUACGGAAACCUCAUUCUCAAGAGAACAACACCACCAGCGGCUGGAAUAUGAUCAUAUUCUGCUGAACAUUGUCUUAUUACAUGAAUUAAGCUGCUUUUCAAAUCAACAGAGAAAAUGUACAUGGAAGAGACUUUACAAAAACACAUACUUGAACAAUUAUUAACUUUCAUUUUUCAUUCUGUAAAAUGCAUAAACAUACCUGUAUAGAUAUUUGCUUCCUUUUCAGCUGUAUAAAAAUAAAUCUGGUGUUUAUAAGUGAA